AUGUCCAACAUCAACGUCACCAAGGAGUGGGUCCUCGCCGAGGAUGGCACACCAUUCUACACCACAAAAUGGGCACCAGUAUCAGAAACGCCCAAAGCCUACGUCCUCUUCGUACACGGCUAUGCAGAGCAUAUCGCCCGAUACGACCACUUCUUCCCUCUCCUCGCUGCGCCUCCGCACUCGCUGCAUGUCACAGCGUACGACCAGCGCGGUCACGGUCGGACGGCGUACGAGCCCUUGACUGAGGCGUCGCCUCAGACUGGGGGUUGGGCGCAGAUGCUCCCGGAUAUGGAGUUCUUCGUGAAGAGGGAGAGCGAGCGGGCUGUUAAGAAGGGCAAGAAGCUCUUCCUGUGGGGUCACAGCAUGGGAGGCGGCCAGACCCUCGCGUUCGCUACUCGUCCCUCAGCGCCUCCAAGCCCAUCCACCCUCUCCCUCCUCACCGGCUGCAUCGCCUCCUCCCCGCUCAUCCGCCAGACCCAUCCCGCCUCAUCUAUCAAAACCACAGCCGGCGGCCUCGCUGCGCGCCUCACGCCCAACCUCCUCAUCCCGACUCCGCUCAAAUAUGAGGACCUCUCACACGACUCGGCAAUGAACGAGUCGAACCGCCUCGACCCGAUGUGCGAGCAGCGGGGCUCGGUCCUCGGCGUGUCGGACAUGCUGCAGGGGGGUAUGGGGCUGGAUACGGCUGAGACCUGGAAGCGGUGGCCAAAGGGGUUGGGGCUGAUGAUGUACCAUGGGAGCGCGGAUGGGAUAUGUGACCCCGAGGCGACGAAGCGGUUCUUUGCGGGCGUGGACGCGCCGCACAAGCGGUUGGACAUCAUUGAGGGAAUGCGGCAUGAGACCCACAAUGAGCUCGCGCCGACGCCGGAGCAUGUCGCCAAGAUGGUGGCGGAGUGGGUGCACGAGAUGGCCGAUGGGUCUGCUGGGGUAGCAGGGAGUACUGGGCAGUCCAAGCUCUGA